AUGGAGCAGAAUCAAGACUUAUUGAGGCAACCUACCAAAGAAGAAGUUAAUGUGGCUAUCGUUGGUUUGAAUGGUGAGGAGCUACCUAAAUUUGUAACUCAUACAAAUCUGGUUUUCUUGCCUAAGAAGAAAGAGGUGACUACAUUUUCUGAUAUGAGGCUCAUUAGCUUGAGCAAUUUCAUCAAUAAAGUGUUCUCAAGGGUAAUUCAUGAAAUGUUAGUUAUUUUACUCCCUAACUUAAUUUCAGACGAGCAGGCUGGCUUUGUGAAGGGGAGAAGCAUAGUUGAAAUUGUUCUAUUAACCCAAGAGAUCAUUAAUGACAUUAGGAUGAGAACAAAUGCUAGACCAAAUGUUGUGAUUAAGCUAGACAUGACAAAAGCUUAUGAUAGGUUAUCUUGA